ACGUCGUUGAAUAGCCGCCAAUUACCUGCGUGGUCCUUGCGGGUAAUUCUCCCGAUUUGCUUGUAAUUUUCGCGUGACCUAUUUACCGCCCCCGCCGCCCCAAUCGAUCACGAUCCUCCAACAAGUGAAGUUUAAAGCGCAGCAGCAUCCCCAACCUGCCGCCGACACAAGACAAGCAGAGCACUGACUAUCACAGACACCACCGAAGCGAGGGGUGGGGGUUAUCCUGUGGGAUAGCCCUGCCCACUCGCCCCACCCUAAACACGCCCCUGACAGAAGUCCCGGAUCCUGGAGCAUCCUGAAAGUCAGUGUGUUGUGGACCGACAGCGCUCACGUUGCUCGAUUAUCAAUCGCCAGUUAUCAACUAUCAACUAUCGAUUAUCAAAGUGAUGAGUGCGGUGCGCGGCUGAGUGCUGGACUAUGAUCAAGAAAAUUAUGACAGAAGGAAGCGAAGAUGAACUAGACGUCUCAUCCGACCCCCACCAAGACCUCCACCCGAUGGACAAAACAAUGGUCCCGCCCCAAUUCGACUCAGCCCUCGAGAUCCUCAAAGUCUCCGACUACCCCUCGAACAACAACCUCGAAGACACCCCCGGCAAGCUCACCCUCAAGCCUGCGGACCAACUCUACGACCAGAUCUGUGAUGACGUCAAGUACCUCAACGGUACCAAGAUGGACAUAACCUAUUCGAAAUGCCGCGAGCUGCUGCUCGCCUCGGCCGUCGUCCCCUGCGAAAUCGACGUCAAGGACGGCCUCUUCGCCAAGACCUCCAUCCCCAAGGGCGCCCGCUACGGCCCCUUCCACGGCAAGUGGGCCGGCGUGCCCCAGGAUCCCCGCUUCGCCUGGGAGGUGGUGGCCGGGUCCGGAGUCCGGGGCUGGCUGGACGGCUCCUCCGAGCAGCACAAUUGGCUCAAGUUGAUGAGGACGGGCGAGAGCAAGAGCGCCGCCAACGUGAGGUAUUACCUACAAGGGGGGCAGCUAUGGUACGAGACGUGCAUGGACAUACCGGCGGGGACGGAGCUGGUGCUGGGGCCCAGGGAGCCCUUGAACCUCCAGGAUAUGUUCGGGGACUCGACCUCGGCGGACGAGAAGUCGGACCGGGAGACCGCAUCCCAACACAGCGGCACCGUCGACGAGCGCGAAGACGACGAGGAGGACGAGUCCGAAACGCGGUGUUGCGUGUGCGACCAGCCCUUCAACGACGUAGAUAAGCUCGACGACCACCUCGUGGUCAAGCAUAACUACCGCCGGGACGAGUACCCCUGCGACCUCUGCCCCAAGGCCUACUCGCACCGGCCCUGCCUCAUCAAGCACCGCUCGGUGGUGCACGGCGAGCACCGGAAAUACCACUGCGAGAACUGUCCAAAGGUGAGGUCUCAACCAGCCCGGACUAGUCGUCAUGGUAAAAGUUUGCAGACUUUCACAGACCCCAGCAACCUCCAGAGGCACAUUCGGACCCACCACGUGGGUGCUCGCUCCCAUGCGUGCCCCGAGUGCGGGAAAACGUUCGCCACGUCGUCGGGACUCAAGCAGCACACGCACAUACACUCGAGCGUGAAGCCCUUCCAGUGUGAAGUGUGCUUCAAGGCUUACACCCAGUUCUCGAACCUUUGCCGCCACAAGCGGAUGCACGCGGACUGUCGCAUGCAAAUCAAAUGCGUCAAGUGUGGUCAAUCCUUCUCCACGGUGACGUCGCUGUCAAAACACAAGAGAUUUUGUGACUCGACGACGCCGACGCCGUCUUUGACGUCCCAGCAGCAACUCCCGAUGGGCAGUAAUAAUCCUUUUUCGAUGUACAGACCUCCCACUUGCCAUUUGCCCUUUUUUCCUACGCACUUCUCGCCUUAUCCCCAGAUAUUCCACCCGUCGGGACCCCCACCGGCGUUUAUGAACCCGUUGCUGUUCCCUUUACCCAAGUUGAAGACUGAAGAUAGCCCGGAGGGACCACCACCGAAGAAGGUGAGGACGAUGAGCCCCGAGAGGUUCAGUCCGGUGAAGGAGAGGUUCACCCCACCCCGAGUCCCGUCAAUAUCGGCUAAGAUAAGUCCACCGACUGCUGAAGAAGCUAACUUGACCCCGUCCCCGGCGAGACCGGGGCAGCUGCUCCUCGGACAAAGAGAACACACCCCCCAGGAGGAAGACUACCCGAAGGAUCUAUCCAGGAGCAGCGAAACCAAAACCCCUCAAAGCGUCAGCAGCGAAGAGGGUGAGCAACCUCUAGACUUAUCCAUCGGAUGGAAGAAGUCGCGAUUGGUACCUCAAGAAAAGCCGCUGCUCAAACACGAAAUCCGCGACCUGCUCCCUAAACCUAAAGAGGAAAAAAUCGAAGUGGUGGACCUCGAAGAGGAAAAGAAAGACGUGGUGACCACCCCCCCUAUGGCGUACCCGCGCCCUAUCCACCCCAUGCUCCUCGAGAUGUACAGACCCAACUUCCCCAAUUUCCAGUCGCAGAGCAACGAGAGGCUCCUUCCAUCACCUUUCGGUCCUCCUCGAUUCCCCUUCCUCAACUCCUUGCAACCCCACCGCAUCGACUUGCUGCGUCCCGGGUUGCAGAAUUUCGGGGGUAAACCCUUCCACGACAUGAUCCAGCAACAGACCCAAGGAAAAAUGAAGGACCGCUACGCUUGCAAGUUCUGCGGCAAGGUCUUCCCCAGGUCGGCGAAUUUAACCCGACACUUGAGGACCCACACCGGGGAGCAACCCUACAAGUGCCGCUACUGCGAGCGCUCUUUUAGUAUCUCGAGUAAUCUUCAGAGACACGUGAGGAACAUCCACAACAAAGAGAAGCCGUUCAAGUGUCCGCUGUGCGAGCGGUGCUUCGGGCAGCAGACCAACCUCGACCGGCACCUCAAGAAGCACGAAGCCGACGACGGCAACGGCGGCGUGGUGGCGGACUCCCCGGGCAGCAGCAACGAGAACGAGCGCGAGGACGCCUGCUUCGACGAGAUCAGGUCGUUCAUGGGGAAGGUGACGUACUCGGGGGAGUACAACCAGACGCGGAUUUAUACGCCGCCGUCGCACAGCGUCAUCGACGUGGUGAAGGACGACGACGACUCGGAGGGGUACUCGGAGGAGGCGCCGCUGGAGGACUUCGCGGGCAAGGUGGACGAGGAGGUGUUGAACAACAACGAUCAGACUAUAAAGAUUUCGACUUAGUGCGAUUGACUCAAAUACCUGUGUUAAACGUAAAAUAGGGUAGGGUUAGUGUUAUUUAUUGUAAAUACGGAGACUUGGUUGAGUCUAAAAUUCAAUUUUGAAGUUCCUACACGAAUUUUGUCAAUUUUGAGGACACUUUCUUAUUGCACGGAUUCAGCUGUUGUAGCACGGAAUUUGCAAGGUUUCUUUUACACCCAGUCUUAAUGUUCGUCGUGUACAUAGAGUGGGCAUUUUGUGUGAUUAUCAACUUGUUGUUUGUACAUAUCUAGGAGGGUUAUUUGGGUUCGUUGUUCGGUUCGAGGUUAUUUUAACGUGUACUAUAGUGGAAUUUUCUAAAGAAAUCUUAUUUUUAGGGAGUCAAAUUCAGCCAAAGUUAACGAUAAUUUUUGUACAAAAUAACGUGUUUGAGUUAGGAAUAAACGUACUAGGUUAUAGUUUGUUAAUAGUUUAUUAUACUCAUCUAAAAUCACUCAUACAUAUAUUAGACACCUAUAUC